AUCAUUGAGGAACCAUGAUGAUAUUGAUGCCACCUUCUCUCAUUCGAGAAAUUUAAAAUUGAUUUUAGCAUCCAGCCAUAUAUAGACAGAGAAGAGAGAAGGGGUGGAGGAGAUAGAGAGACAGAUUCAUAAUUUACGCGAAAAUGCUUGAAAUUCGGUACACUGUUGGCGAUCUUUGAUGGAUUACCAGCCUUCUGGUCUGCUCUUUACAGGAAUUCAUCCCAAGGAAUUGCCUGCUCGAUUUUGAUACCUCCAGCUUUCCUUUCCCUUCUAUAUUUUUUGAGGUAGAGAAGGGAAAGAGAGCGCGUCAAUUUGAGGGAUUGUGGGAACAAAAUGAGCGUUGUUUCCGGGGUUAUCUCUAGGAAAGUGCUGCCGGCCUGUGACAACCUCUGCUUCUUCUGCCCUUCCCUGCGGACGAGGUCGAGGCAGCCGGUCAAGAGGUACAAGCACUUGAUAUCAGAUAUUUUCCCCCGCUCUCCGGAUGAAGAAGUGAAUGAGAGGAAGAUUGGGAAAUUGUGUGACUAUGCUUCAAAAAAUCCUUUACGCAUUCCCAAGAUAGCGGACUCCCUCGAACAGAAAUUCUACAAGGAAUUAAGAAAUGAAAACUAUCGAUUUGUGAAGAUUGUUAUGUUGAUCUACCGGAAAUUCUUGUUAUCCUGCAAGGAUCAAAUGCCUUUGUUCGCAAAUAGUUUAUUGAGUAUCAUGUUCACCUUGCUGGAUCAGACAAGCCAAGAUGGAGUCUUAAUUAUUGGAUGUGAAUCUCUCUUCGAUUUUGUAAACAACCAGAAAGAUGGAACAUAUAUGUUCAAUCUUGAAGGACUAAUUCCCAAGCUCUGCCAAGUAGCUCAAGAAGUGGGAGAUGAUGAGCAGACAGAACAUUUACGGGCAGCUGGGCUGCAAGCUCUAUCUGCAAUGGUUUGGUUCAUGGGCGAAAACUCCCAUAUUUCAGUUGAAUUUGAUAAUAUUGUUUCAGUAGUCUUGGAGAAUUACAAAGGUCAAAGUAAGGAGUCCGGUGGUUCUGAGCAGAACGGUUGGGUUCAAGAAGUCAAUAAAGCUGAGGGAUACAUCUCUCCUUCCGUAGAUGCUGCAACAAAGGUUCCUUCUUGGAGAAUCAUUGUAAAUGAAAAAGGACAACUAAAUGUGGCUGCAGAGGUUGCCAAGAGUCCACAGUUUUGGUCUAGGGUGUGCCUUCAAAGUAUGGCCAAUCUCGGGAAAGAAGCAACCACCGUGCGUCGUGUACUAGAAUCUUUGUUUCGGUAUUUUGAUAGUGGAAAUCUGUGGCCUGUUCAAGGCGGGAUCGCUUUUCCUGUUCUCAAAGACAUGCAGCUUCUGAUGGAUGAAUCUGGGAGCACACAUCUCUUGAUAUCAAUAUUAGUCAAGCAUCUUGACCAUAAAAAUGUCCUUAAGCAGCCCGAUAUGCAACUCGACGUAGUUGAGGUUGUCACUGCUCUUGCUCGACUGACGAAGAAGCAGUCAUCAGUACCUAUACUCAGUGCUGUAAGUGACAUCAUGAGGCAUCUGCGGAAAAGUAUACACUAUUCACUUGAUGAUGCAAAUCUUGGAGAUCAAGUUAUCAAGUGGAACCGAAAAUUCAACCAAGUUGUAGAUGAAUGUCUCACCGAGUUGACAUCAAAGGUCGGAGAUGCUGGUCAAAUCCUCGAUGUAAUGGCUUCUAUGUUAGAGAACAUCUCGAGCAUUACUGUAAUAGCAAGAACGACUAUUUCUGCUGUCUAUCGGACUGCUCAAAUUAUAGCUUCUAUGCCGAAUAUUUUGUACAAGAACAAGGCAUUCCCGGAAUCUUUGUUUCAUCAGCUACUUCCAGCUAUGCUCCAUCCCGAUCACCAGACGCGAAUUGGAGCUCAUCAGGUCUUCUCUGUCGUACUCGUUCCAUCCUCUGUCUGUCCUCAGCCAUCUUCUGAUGCCUCUAGGACUGACCUCUUGAGGUCGCUCUCGAGAACUGUCUCUGUGUUUUCUUCAUCAACUGCAUUGUUCCAGAAGCUACAAAACCAAAGGACUCCUCCCAGGGAGAAUUGCACAGAAUUGAAUGGAGACGAGCAAGGUGGAGUAUUGAACAGAAUCAAAUCGACUUACAGUCGGGUAUAUAGCUUCAGAAGCUCACCGGCACCAGAUGGUGAUAACGGAAACAACUCGAUUAAAGAAGCGGAUGAGGUUCGUCUUAGACUGAGCAGCCACCAAAUAACACUCCUGCUUUCAUCAAUUUGGGCACAAUCUUUAUCUCCUGAAAACAUGCCUGAAAACUUUGAAGCUAUUGCUCACACUUAUAGCUUGAUUAUGCUGUUUUCUCGAGCUAAGACCUCCUAUCGAGAUGCUUUAAUUCGAAGUUUCCAACUUGCUUUAACAUUGAGAAGUGUUUCUCUUAAAGGAGGCACUCUGCCAGCAUCACGACGGAGAUCUCUCUAUAUGCUGUCAUCUUCUAUGAUUAUCUUUUCAGCAAAGGUCUACAACAUUCUUCCCCUCAUCCCAGUUGUCAAGGCUGCAAUCUCCGAUAAAGUGGUUGAUCCAUUUUUGUGUUUAGUUGAAGAUUCAAAGCUGCAGAUAAGUGAUGCCGGAUUAGAAAAACAGAACGUGUACGGAUCAAAAGAAGACAACACUGCUGCUGUAAGGUGUCUUUCGGAAAUAAAUAUCAGUGGCGAGCUGACAAAACAAUCCCUUGUUUCUGUUAUUGUUAGAAACCUAGAGAAUGUACUCGAGUACGAGGAGGUUGCCAUAAGGGAACAGUUGGUCCAGGAAUUCGUGCCAGACGACAUGUGUACGCUUGGCAGCAGCCAAAGGUACAACGACAUUGAAGAACAUGGACGUGAGAGCAACGUUAAGGGCAUCUCAGGUUUCAGUAUGGACGAUGAUGGACAUCACGAUCUCGACAGUCCACCCAAUUCGAAGCUGACCAUCGAGUUCCCCAAUCUCCUCAGCGUCGAUCAACUUCUGCAAUCUAUUUUGGAGACAGCCCACCAUGUGGGCAGAAUGUCUGUGAGCACGGGAUCCGAGACGUCAUACAGAGACGUGGCUAAUCAUUGCGAGUCACUUCAGCAGGGAAAGCAACAGAAGAUGACUUUGUUGACCAUAACUUCGAGAAAUGCUGCAGCUGGAGCUGCUGCUACUAGCGGACUAGACAAAUCACAUGGUUGUGUACCUAUGGGCAAAAAUGCUGACAAGUUAUUGGGCGGGCCUCCAGUGCUAUGCGCGACCGAGUAUCAGAGCAAUCCUGUCUCGUUCCGGCUACCAUCUUCAAGCCCAUACGACAACUUCAUGAAAGCAGCCGGAUGUUGAUGAGCCGGGAAAAAAAGCGCAUAGUGAAACACGAGAUGUAACAACGUAACUUUGAUCACGUACGCUUUCGACGAGAGAACCAUGAUGGGUGAUCGGCAUAAUGGUGUGGUGGCACAAGGAGUAUGAAGAUUCAUAGCCUCUUUCUCACAAACUGUGGAUAUUCAUGCGAGGCUUUACUAGUUUUCUUUUCCUCUAGUUUAGACCCUUUUCAUGUACAAAAUCAAUCCUCAUUCAUUUUUCCUUUUUCCCAAUCUUUCAUUAUUAUCCUUUUCAUUUCAUGUCACCAGGAAAUGUAUAUAUAUAUCCAUUCAUUUUUUCUCUAUAUUGUGAUUAUAUCUAGUGCAAA